UGUGAUAUGGUGGGAGAAAUUUGCCGUUAUGCGAUAUAUUCCCAGGGCCGUAAAGAUUAUGGAGCAGUCGACGAUGGUCUUGAAAUUUCUGAAGAAAAAAAAUGAGUGGAACGAUCGAAAACCUUUCAAAGGAUCAUCGGAAAACUGCAGGAGCGUUCAUCAGACUUUGUCGUCGAGAAUCGCAUUGCUGUUUUUGGAAUAUCGAGGACACUAAUUCAGAUAAAAUGUGGGCGUUGUUGAUGGUACGCGUGGGGAGAUCAACGCCGCGAUGAUGCAGACUUUCGUUUCGAUCCUUUUCAAGAAAUAUACCAUCUAUACCUAUACAACGAGACGCAUACUUUCGGGAUUUACGUACGAAAAAAGUAAUUAAAAAGAGAACGAAAAAAUUGGUUUCAGAUAACAGCGUUCGAACAAUGAAUAAAUUGAAUAAUGUAUAUCAUCUCGCUGAGCGACCCGCAUCUCGUCUUUUCUCUUUUGAAAAAAAAUCGGAUAUAAGAUACAACUAUGUAGUCGAGAACAUCUGUCAUCUGGAUUUUAUUGAAGAGGAAAAAGAAUAAGGAGCACAUACAAGCAGGGAAGGAUCAAUAAAAUAGAUUCAGGAAAAAUAAAAAGAAGAAUCAUAAUUUGGGGGAUAUCUCGAUGGGGUCGCGACGUCCCACGGGAAUAUUUUUCGUCGCGUUUAUGAUAAGUCCGAUAAUCUUGGAGGAUUUUCAUAAUUCAAUAGCUGCAGAAGCUGCUGCUACUGCUUCUGGGCAGAAUACCCUGAAAAGUGAUCAAAAUAUCGGCACAGUUUUAUUUGAGAGAAGCGAUUGCGGUAAGCAUUGCUGGACGAGUGAAGAAUUCACUAUUUUAAACAGCCGACGAAUGUUCCAGGACAUUUUGCCAAAGAUCAAGGUGAUAAAUUCCGAAAACGAUCAGUACAUCGCUUUCCUCAUGGAUUAUUUUCACAUCUGUCUCGAGUGUGUGAGAAAAUUGUCGAUUGGUAAAACCAAGCAUUUGAUGUUGAAAGCUUUGGCAGAUACGAUGGGCGGUUAUCUUCAGGCUUAUGUUUUACCUCUUACGAGACGUUCUUACUACGCCGGUAAUAUUAAAUACAAAAAUGCCAAAAGGUUAUUCGAACUUUUUGACGAACUUAAAAAUUUUUUACACACAAACGGUAUGGGCUGGCUCAAAUCAAACGUCGAUAAAAAACACGUCAAAACGCCACCCAUCGUCAUUACACCACCACAAAAUUCACUCGCUUGUCAAGGACUCAUCAUUUACCCCGCGAAAACUCAUUCGAGCAACUCCGUGUUUGCGAAUAAAAAGAAAAGAUACAUCGCAAAUCGUAGAACGUCGAGGAAUUCGGGAGGUGGUGAAUUAGUUUCCGGUUCAGGGGCGGUUACGGUACCCUUGCCGUUUUUGGAUGACGAAUCUAAGCCGAACAGCAUCGCGAUGCCGUUCAAGGGUCAGAAUCUGCAGUCACUUUAUUCCGAAAAAUCAGCAUUUGCUAUCGUCAAAUAUUACGUGGCCAGCGUGAAGUGUAUCGUUUCGAAAUCAAAGACUAAAAUCGAACUCUUAAAAUUUAAUAAGGACUUGUUCGAAUGGCUUCGACUAUCGAUCGAUCCUCAUUUGGAGGACGAUAAAUGGUAUCCAGCAUUCGGUGGCGUACUGAGAGUGAUUUCCUCGCUAAGAGAAACAGGUCUUGGGGAUGGAGGAGACAAAGUUAGACACGGUGGGGAUUAUCAAAUGAUGCCCAAAAUUCACGGGACUACAAAGUCACCCGAAGAAAUUGGCGUCUCGCCGCUUUACAGCGGAAAAAUUCCAUCGGGAGGCGACAAUGGAAACGGCGUUACGUUUGGUACCACUGAAUUAAUAGUGAUCGCUCUGGCGGGUGCUCUAUUGGUCUGGUUAUUGGUCGGUUUAAUAUUGGUAUGCUAUAGAUUUUUGACAAGAAAUUCGGAGGAUUGUCAACCGUUCGAUUCUCCCGGCGAUACACCGGUGGCGGUUCUAUACGAAAAAGAGGAAUACUGCGUACCUGAAUGUCCGAGCCACAAUAGAAAGAAAAAUCCUAAAAAAGGUUUUGGAAUUCGAAUGAAGGAAUGGUGCGGAAGUAAAUUUGGACGUUGCGAAGGUGGUUGCGAUUAUGAAGACGAGGAGAAGUGUUUGGCAGCCAUAAAUUACACGAGCAAAGACACCAUCGACGUUACAGCUACAAACAGCAGAAAAUCAUGCAAUAAAAAAUGUUACAACUCCUCAAAAUCACCCUCUCAAUCUGCAACACCGAGAGGCGGUGGCUGCACCUCCCCCAGGUCUAAAACAGGUUACACGUCAGAUUCUACCAGCAAUUCGGAAAGUGGUGUGAGAGCUAAAUCACGAUAAUGUUAUCCAGCCGGAGAGAAUUGAAGAGCGAUUAAAGGACGUCGAAUAUAUUUCGAUGAUAAGCGUUAUCUGCAGCAUCACGAGAACUUGACUAUCUGGAACAUCCGGGAGAGAAAUAUAAUCCUCGAUUAACUUCUCCGAGGAUUAUUUUCCUACUUCUGGAUAAGGACUGUCAGAUUAUCUAUCCUCGGAUUAAUUUCCAGUUGAUCGAUGAACGUCCUCAAGGAGAUUGAAUAAAAAUGAUUAAAAAUAUGAGUACA